AUGUCCGCGCGAACUUUACGUGCAGUUAGACCAAUAUGCAAGCGUCUAUUGCUCGGACCAAAAUUUCACGUGAACACAAACAAAGCUUUUACAACAAUCCUAUUUUUGAGAAAUGGUGAUGGAAAUGGAAUAACGCGUCGUAGUAGUCUCGAUUCAACAAGGUUUAUGCACGGCAAUAAAUGGCUCUACACAACCGAAGUUUCACCAAAAGUCGACGUUAAUGCUGUCGCCACCGCUGACCCUUUAUCGAUCUUUAACCCACCAACUGAACAAAUUACCACUGGUGCUUCUCCAUCCGUUGAUACCAAUUCUUCAUCUGUGAAAGAAGAAUUUGAUUUUGCGAUAGUCGAGAUGAACAGAGGACUCUCAAGAUUGACAAAAUGGGGAAAUUUUGUAGAUAUAUACAAUCAUUGUCAAGCUAUGAAAAAUCGAGGGAUAAAACCAAAUACGAAGACUUAUAAUCUUUUAUUACAAGUAUAUCAUCGUGAGGGUUUAUUCCACGAAUGUAUACAAUUGCUCCAUGAAAUGAUUAAGCAUGGAAUUCCACCUGAUUUGGAAACAUUUGAUUUCGUGUUAUUGUCUACAUCAUAUGAGCUAACAGGAAUAUAUCGUGAAUAUAUAUGGAGUCUCCUUGAAAAACACGAUCUAAGACCGUCUUCUCUUACUUAUGAACAUUACCUUGAAAGCUUCUUAGUUUUAGAAGAAUUCGAACAUGCUGUUGAUGUUCUCGAUGAAAUAAUUGAAAACAAGAUUGUACCGACCGCGAGGACUUUUUGGCAAGUUACAAAGUUAGCAAUCUCAUUAAAUGAAGCUGAUUCGGCAUUUGAAACAUUGCUUAAAUUUGAAAAACAAUACCCGGUCGUAUUACCCACAAUAUAUAUGGAAACUUUGAGGUGUGCUUCGGCUCAUUUUCAUCUCGAAGGUAUUAUUCAUUGCUGGAAAAAAAUAGUGGACGAUGCAAAAAUGGUCCCUGAUCAAGGCGUAUGUCUUAACAUUAUUAAUGCGGCAGCUAGAUUUGGAAAACCGGAUUUAGCCACAGCAGUCAUCAAAUUACUUGUGGCAAACCGAAUUAAAAUUGAGGAACAACAUUUUGCCGCGCUUUUGGCGUCAUAUGUUGGUGUUGGUGAUUUGAAACGUGCUUUCAACGUAUUGGAACUGGCACGCGCCUCCGGGGCUGAACCGGAUUAUGUGACAGCUAUGCCAAUUACCGAUCUCAUCAAGUCUGAUGUUGAAAAAAUUGACGAUGCCUAUUAUACUCUGGAAGAGCUUCAUUCGAAAGGUAGAAAAGUGGAUGUAUCAGCCUUGAAUGCAAUAAUUAGAGCCUGUCGCUUUGCCGUCUACAACGAAGAGACCGGCUCACGUGAAGCUGAUAUACACAGAGCAGUAGAGACUUAUAAUCAAGCCGAAAAACUUAAUAUAACGCCAAACGCGCAAACCUUCGAAAUGCUUAUGGAGUGUUGCCUUUCUAUAAAACAUCGACUUCUCGGUCAACAAUUCAUGGAGGAAAUGCGUAAUCGGGGUAUUGGAACAUCUCCUGAAGUAUACACCAAUAUGAUUCAACUAUUAUGCACCGACACAGAUUACGAGGAUGCGUUCACUUUACUUGAAGAAAUGAAAUCGCACGAUAUUUUACCACCAAGAACUGCUUACGAAGCAAUUGUUAGAAAAUGUGCACUACAUCGGGAUCCCAGAGCAAAUAUUGCUUUGGAGGAGAUGCAAACUGUUGGUUAUGAAACCCCGCAAGCUCUUGUUAAUUUUGUCAGGACAGGAAUCAUUCCGAAUACAAAUGUUUUAAAUUACAUGAGGAAAGAGCCAGCAGUAUUCGAGGGUAGAAGUCGAAAACCCAAUAUCUCCGUGAAUCCGGAGUUAGACAUGCUUCAAGCAGCGCUUGAUAAUUUGGGUGGAGAUAAUUCCGACUUUAAUAUUCCAAAUCUCAAUCAACAAGACAAUUAUAAUUCUAACUAUUAG